ACCGGGCGGCAGCGGCGGCUGGAGGAUGGAGCGGGCUGGUGGCGCGGCGCGCGCUAAUGGGUGCAGCAUCGCGGCGCAUGGGGCGCUGCGCAACGGCUACGUGCGCGGCCUGCCCGGCGCGGCCGGCACACAGAUUCAUCAUAUUGCCCACAAUGGAGGAUUAUAUAAAAGACCAUUCAAUGAAGCUUUUGAGGAAACACCAAUGCUGGUUGCUGUGCUGACCUACGUAGGCUAUGGUGUUCUCACACUUUUUGGGUAUCUACGGGACUUCCUGAGGCAGUGGAAAAUUGAAAAGUGUCACCAUGCAACAGAAAGAGAAGAACAGAAGGACUUUGUCCCUCUGUAUCAGGACUUUGAAAACUUCUACACGAGGAACCUCUAUAUGCGCAUUCGAGACAGCUGGAACCGACCAAUCUGUAGUGUGCCAGGGGCCAAGGUGGACAUGAUGGAGAGAGUUUCCCAUGACUAUAACUGGACAUUCAUGUACACGGGGAGAGUGAUAAAAGACGUUAUUAACAUGGGUUCCUACAACUACCUUGGAUUUGCACAGAACACUGGAAUUUGCCAAGAAGCAGCAGCUAAAGUUCUGUCACGAUAUGGAGCUGGGGUGUGCAGCACUAGGCAGGAGAUGGGAAACCUGGACAAGCAUGAGGACCUGGAAAAAUUAGUGGCCAGGUUCCUAGGGGUGGAAUCUGCGAUGGCAUAUGGGAUGGGGUUUGCAACGAACUCUAUGAACAUUCCUGCUUUGGUUGGCAAGGGCUGCCUGAUAUUGAGUGAUGAACUGAAUCAUGCAUCACUAGUACUUGGAGCAAGAUUAUCAGGAGCAACUAUUAGAAUCUUCAAACACAACAAUAUGCAAAGCCUGGAGAAGCUGCUCAAAGAUGCCAUUGUGCAUGGACAACCUCGCACACGCAGACCUUGGAAAAAAAUCCUUAUACUUGUGGAAGGAAUAUACAGUAUGGAAGGAUCCAUAGUCCGCCUGCCUGAAGUUAUUGCUCUUAAGAAGAAGUACAAGUCAUAUUUGUAUCUGGAUGAGGCUCACAGUAUAGGUGCUCUGGGUCCCACUGGACGAGGUGUGGUGGAAUACUUUGGACUUAAUCCUGAAGAUGUGGAUAUUAUGAUGGGAACAUUCACCAAGAGCUUUGGAGCUGCUGGAGGUUACAUUGGAGGCAAGAAGGAGCUGAUUGAUUAUCUCCGCACAUAUUCUCAUAGCGCAGUGUAUGCUACAUCAUUGUCGCCACCUGUUGUGGAGCAAAUCAUCACCUCCAUGAAGUGUAUUAUGGGUGAAGAUGGCACUACUUUUGGCAAGGAAUGUGUUCAGCAGCUGGCAGAGAACACCAGGUAUUUCAGGAGGCGGCUGAAGGAGAUGGGCUUCAUUAUCUAUGGAAAUGAAGAUUCUCCUGUUGUACCUUUGAUGCUGUAUAUGCCAGCAAAAAUUGGUGCAUUUGGACGCGAGAUGCUGAAGCGGAAUAUAGGUGUUGUGGUUGUGGGUUUUCCUGCAACCCCAAUCAUUGAAUCCAGAGCCAGAUUCUGCGUGUCUGCAGCUCAUACCAAAGAGAUACUUGAUACAGCUUUAAAGGAAAUAAAUGAAGUUGGUGACCUCUUGCAACUGAAAUAUUCCCGUCACCGAUUGGUGCCCCUCUUGGACCGGCCAUUUGAUGAGACUACUUAUGAAGAAACAGAAGACUGAAUUCCCUCCAUGUGCCUUGGGGGAGAAACACCCCCCUGCCCUGCGCCCCCCCCCCCCCCCCGGACGCUCUGCGGCCACAAAUGUGCCACAGUCCUUGAACUGCACAUUUAUGACUGCUUAGGCUAAAAAGGAUGUUUCCUCACAAUACUGAAGUGGCCACAUCAGCUCUAAAUGGUAUUUUGUAAAUAGUAA